GGGCAAAAAGAGAAUCAGCGCCCUUCCAAGCACACGCAAGGUGGUGUCGCUCAAGGGCAGCAUAUUGUUUUCCCUUGCCCGCGUUACCCUUCGCAUUCGGCGUGUCCCCUUUCCGCCCCGUGCGAGUAGCGCCUCCACUGCCUUCCAUCCAGUUACCCUUGACGCUCGAGAGGAGCCGGACACCUUCUUGUGACUUCGUUGUUGUGAGGCGACUACGGUUUCGGUUGGUGUCUUCAUUUCCGGGUGUUUGUUCAGCGCUAUUGUGACCCUUCUGUGCGCGCGAAACAAGACCUAGAUUGGCUCAAGAUGAAGAUCUUGGGCGUUCCGGAUUGGAUAAUCCUGGUGGCGACUGCGUUGGUCCUGCUGUACUUGUAUGCAGCAAGAUACAGAAACUACUGGAAAAACCAGAAUGUCAUUCACGAAGAAUUCUCUCUCAUAUUUGCGGCUGCCCGACGAAUGAUCUUCAAGCCAUUUCAUCAAAUGGACCAGGAUAGAUACCGUCAAUUUGGGAAAUUAUUUGGCGUUUACGAAGCCGCAAAACCCCUGCUCUUUGUGGCUGAUCCGGAAUUGGUGAAGCGCGUUCUGGUCAAAGAUUUUCCUUCCUUGCCAAAUAGAAGGGUGUUAAGUUUCAACGAUUCGCUUCUGGACAACAUGAUGAGCAUCAUCCCUGUCGAGAAAUGGAGGAGGAUCCGACCAGCAGCAAGCCCAGCGUUCUCUACAGGAAAGCUGCGCAAGAUGAAUUCCUUGAUCGCUGACUGUGCCAGGAAAACAGCAGAACACUUGAAAAUGGCCGCUGAAAAAGAGGGAGAACUGGACAUUAAACAAUUCUACGGAAACUACGCCCUCGAUGUGAUUGCCAGAUGCGCUUUCGCCACCCGACUGGACUCGCACACUCAGGAGACUGAUGAGUUUGUCACCAAAGCCAGGCAGGCCUUUUCAGGCAAAAUAACGCUGCCAUUAAUCUUACUCUUUUUGUUUCCGGGAGUCUUCAAAUUCUUUAAACUGAAGGCAUUCAACACAGAUGUAUUUCUUUACUUUAAGAACCUCUGCCUCCGGAUUAUUCAGAGUCGGAAGGAAAAAAAAAGUAGGCAAGAGGACUUCUUGCAACUUAUGAUGGACGCCCAAGAUGGUAGCAUAGCAACCACGGUUGAAACUGCACAAUCGACCGAAGAGAAACUCUUCAACCUUGACUCGGACAUAAAGACGGACACUUCGUUUCUUGGAGGCGUUAAAGCCUUGACCGAAGACGAGGCCAUGGCCCAGUGCGUUCUCUUCUUCCUUGCGGGUCAAGACACGACGUCAUCCGUGAUUUCAUUCACUCUCUACCUACUUGCCCUGCAUCCCGAUAUCCAAGCGAAGCUGAGAGAAGAAGCGGAUGAGUGCUUCAGACAACAUGGACCGGAUCCAAGCCUGGAUGUUGUAUCGAAGCUCCAAUACCUCCACGGCGUCGUGUCAGAAUCACUGAGGAUGUAUCCCCCCGCAGUUCGGAUAGAGCGAUCUGCUCUAAAUGACUAUGUUCUGGGUGACACCGGAAUCAAAGUUCCAAAAGGCUGCGUGGUUGCCGUGCCGGUCUAUUCAAUGCACUACGACCCAGAAUACUUUCCCGAUCCCACAACAUUCGACCCAAACAGGUUUAGUGAUGAGAACAUUGACAGUAUUCGCCCAUACACAUACCUUCCGUUUGGAGCGGGACCUCGGAACUGCAUUGGCAUGAGGUUCGCCCUCGAGGCCGUCAAGUUGUCCCUCCUGCACUCCGUUCACAGCGUCGAAUUCGUCCGUACCAAAAACACAAAAGUCCCGCUUGAGUUUGUUAAAGGAUUUGGGGUUUUGAACGCCAAGCACCUCACAAUCGGAAUAAGGAAGAGAACUGCGUGAACUACUUUAACAGUUCAUCUACGUUAGUUCUGUUCACUGUAAAUGAUAACAGGUAUGGACCUUGCAAUUAUAAUGCUCUAAUCAAUUAGAGUCAUGUGUUUUAUACUGAAGCAAUCGAGCAAAUCGUGUUUUCUGCAUGUCAUUAAUAAAGUGUUUUGACGCUGUGUG